GAGGUCAUGCAGUGAUGCACCAUAUGCCUGGUGUCGAUCAAUCCCUGUUGGGGGAGCUUUCAUUUAUCUGGACAUGUCGUUCCCUCAACCUCCUUCCAACGUUCUGGCGUACAGCGUACUCUGCUGUCAUCCAUCAUUCCAUCAACUUCCAGGAAUCUGGCACGGGCAUAUUAAUGCCGCCAUUCAUUUUGUCACUGCUUGUAUCCUUUCUGCUGUGAUUAUUUUACUCGGUUCUGUUACGCCCUCUGUAGAGUUGGGCGUGAAUCUUUCGCUAUGCUCUGCCUUCGCAGAACUUUCGUCUUCCCUGCCACCUUCCUUCUUGUCUUUUUAUAUUGCUUCUACAGCAGCUUACCCCGUGGUGUAGAACUGGGUGAUGAUGACAGUUGGGAAUUUGUCUCGGAAUUUGCACAGGAUCCAGCUCCUGUACCUGUCUCACAAAAUGUUAACAAUAGGAUCCAUUGGGCAAAACAUCCGCAAAUAAAUCCCGUUCAGUCCUUCAUUCCUCUUCCCACAGGCCCUACAAAACCCAUACCACGAGUGCAGCACCAGUUUGGUUCUGAAUCAUGGUUCCAGAAAAAGGAACGAGUGAUGAAGCAAAAUGAGGUUAAGAGGGUGUUCUGGCAUGCGUGGAAAGGAUAUAAGCUCCAUGCAUGGCUGCGCGAUGAGCUGUCCCCACUCAGUGGUUCUUACAGAGAUGCCUUUGGCGGCUGGGCCGCCAGUUUGGUCGAUGCUCUAGACACUCUGGUCAUCAUGGAUAUGUACGACGAAUUCGAGAGAGCAUUGGAGCAGCUCGAUCGCAUUGACUUUACAACAACGGAAGCGAGCGAAAUCAACGUAUUUGAGACGACAAUCCGAUAUGUUGGAGGAUUCCUGGGCGCCUAUGACUUGACUGAUGGCAAGUACCCGAUCCUGUUGAGGAAGGCGACAGAGGUGGCAGAUAUGCUAUAUGACGCAUUUGAUACACCAAACAGAAUGCCACAAUCCCGGUGGCAAUGGACGAGAUCUGCUGAAGGCUUGGUAAUCCUGCCUGCACAAAAUACUAUACUUGCGGAGCUGGGUUCCCUAAACCUGGAAUUUACCCGUCUGUCCCAACUGACCGGAGACCCUAAAUACUUCGACGCCAUCCAAAGGAUUACGGAUUUCCUUGAUGAGACACAGAAUGCAACUAAACUGCCAGGCCUGUGGCCCGUCACGGUAGAUGCAUUGGAAAAGAAGUUCCCUGACGAUCGGUUCACAGUCGGCGGCAUGGCCGACUCCACGUACGAGUAUCUUCCCAAGGAGCAUAUGCUUUUGGGCGGUCGAACAGACCAGUACCAUAAAAUGUAUGCUACUGCUAUAAACGCAAUCAGGGGCCAUCUACUUUUCCGCGCAAUGACAAAGGACGGCAGCGACGUUCUGUUUGCCGGCGAUGCUCGAGGAGGAGGUCGAACAAGGCUCGAAUACCAGGCUGAGCAUCUCAAAUGCUACCUCGGAGGUACAGUCGGCGUAGGGGCUAAGAUAUUUGAACAGCCUGAUGAACUAUCCAUCGCGCGAAAGCUAGUCGAUGGGUGCAUUUGGGCGUAUGACUUGAUGCCCACGGGGAUCAUGCCUGAGAUUUUCUAUGUCAGCGCUUGCAGAGACGUGGAAAAAUGCGAGUGGGAUGAGGACAAGUGGUACAAGGAAGUCCAUAGUCGUGUGACCAGAGGCCGCCCCUCUGAAGACCCUAUUGCCAACGGGAAAUCCAUUGUCGCAGAGCAGGGGCUUCAGCCAGGGUUAAUUGGUAUUGGCGAUGCCCAAUAUCUCCUCAGGCCCGAAGCUAUUGAAUCCGUUUUCAUCAUGUACCGGAUAACCGGGGACAAGAAACUGCAGAACGCUGCAUGGCGCAUGUUCCAGAAUAUUGUCAGGUUGACAACAACAAAGUAUGCCAAUGCGGCGAUCAGUGACGUUCGGAACCGGGAGCCACGGAAAUUGGAUUAUAUGGAAAGCUUCUGGUUUGCAGAGACAUUGAAAUAUUUCUACCUCAUUUUUUCUGAACCAGACCUAGUCAGUUUGGAUGAAUAUGUCUUAAAUACUGAAGCACACCCCUUCAAACGACCAUCCCCCUCAUCGUCGUGAGUCUGGAUCUGCAUACUUGGUUGUCUCAGAAGCAAUGUUCUAGUGUCUCUAUGUAAUAAUGCAUGAACGCCGGAUGUUCAUUUUCUUCAAUUCCGAAUGAUCUUGAAGACCCAUUUUGGAGGAAACGCGGGAUAGAUGCAUUAUGCUUUGUUCUGCAUUAAUUUACUGCUUCCACAUGGCAAUUUUUGGCCUUGGUGGCAGCCUCGGAGGCGUUUCCGGUCUCAGGCGCUCCAUCAAUCAAUCCCAUUUUGAUUUAUCAGGCACAGUGAUCAAUACAAGAGCGCCAUAAUCGUCAUAGCGACCCUUGUCUUAGCCUUGAACCUG